AUGGCUUCAAAUUCCAAGAGUCAAUUGCGAAUUACAGAUAGGAUCAGUGACUUACCAGAUUCACUUAUUUGUCACAUCCUUUCCUUUCUGCCAACAAAGAAUUCUGUAUGCACCAGCAUUUUGGCUUCAAGAUGGAAGAGAGUCUGGGCCUCUGUUACUAGUCUAGACUUUCAUGAAAUAUAUUUUCCAGACUCCGAAAGCUUUGUGUUGUUUGUUAGUCGUGUAUUUUACUUUCGCAACUCAUCAGAAAUUCAAAAGUUCAAACCGGAAUGCUACUGUGUUGAGCGUUUCUCUCACAUUGAUGGUUGGAUUCGAACUGCCCCUAUGCAUAAUCUUGCUGAACUUGAUCUUUGUGUUGAAAAUUAUGGAUCAUUUCUGGAGGAUGAGAAUCUCAAGUUGCCUAAAAGUGUUUUCAUGUGCAAAACACUGGUUGUUUUGAAACUGAGGUCAAUUAUUAUAAUCAAUACUCCUACUUCAUGGUGUUUGCCAUGUCUCAAGGUCCUACUUAUUUCAGUUAGUUUUCCUGGUCAUGACCUGAUGGAAAAGCUUCUGCUUGGCUGCCCUGCGCUUGAAGAUUUGGCUAUAUCUGGAACUGUUGGAGAAGGCUAUUUGAAUUUCAACGUCUCUGCUCUUGAACUUAAGAAGUUAGGGAUCAGUCUUGACACUGAAAAUGAUGAUAGAUGUUUGGCUGAUUACAAUGAUCUCAAUGUUCUUGUUAGAGCUCCAAAGCUCGAAUACUUUGGUCUUGAGCAAAACGUUUUGUCAAAUUGUGUUUUGAAGAAUUUAAAGUCUUUAGUCGAAGCCACUAUUGAUCUCACUUACCACGUACCAACUGAAUAUUCUGGCUUUGUUGGCCGUGCGACUGCGCUUUUGGCACAAAUUUGCCAUGUCAAAUAUUUGUCUCUUUCAGCACAUGGUUUGGAUAAUUGUGAGCUGCCUGUGUUCGGUAAUUUGAAACAAUUGAGGCUGGUUCUUCAUCGUUGCUGUUCUUGGUGGGCAGAAUUUCUCAUGAGCUCACCUAUUCUAGAGUUUCUUGUCCUAGAACACGACUGCAAUUGUGACGGACUAGGGGAAUAUGGUAUUAAAGAGAAGGAGCUACUUUGGCAUCCUCCUGAGUUGGUGCCGAAUUGUCUGUUGUCACACGUCAAGACUAUCUGUAUCAAUAGAUUCCUGGGAAAGGACGAUGAGUUUGAAGUGGCAAAAUACUUGUUAAAGAAUGGUGAAGUUUUGAAUAGCAUGAAAAUUUGCACAGGUCGUAAUAUUGUGUGUACAAAGGAGGUGAUGUUGGAGAAACUUCUAAUGUUUGAGAGGGUUUCCAAGACAUGUCAAGUUGAAAUUGCCUGA